AUGACGCCUCCACGACCAGCAGAAGCCGAUCCGACUCGCGCGUCGCUUGACGGGCCGCUGCAGCGCUCCACAAGCGGUUCUGACACGGCUGCAGUACCUCAAUUGGAAGAGGAAGGACGCCGCAAGACGCUAACGUCGUCUGUGUCGUCUGUAUGUGCGUCGUUCGCCGGAAAGAAGGCGGCGCGCGCUCGUCACGACGUUGUUGAUUUUACCGCUUUGUAUCAGCGAUCGUCGCGUGAGUCGGAGAUUGAAGCCACGCUGCGCACGUGGAAAAAGGAGAUGGAGGACGUCGCGCGGGAGCAUCGAAUGCAGCAGCAACAGCAGCAGCAGCAACAAGCACAGAGCGCGACGGUGGACGUUGCACUUGUCAGUACGGCCAGGUUUGUUCCCGACCAGUUGCAGCAGUUUCUGACGACACGGGAGGGCAGAAGUGCAGAUAACGUCGCGGGAAAGGAGCAGAUGAUGCAGUCGCAUCCCCUUAGAGCAACAGAGGCCAAGGGGCGACCGAUGCGUCGCUUCGUGGCCUCGUCAGCCAUGCCGUUCGCUACGAUAGCAGCAUCUGGCAGAAAAGUAGACGGUCUCACCGACUUUGAAGAGCACGAAAGGGACGCCCAGUACCACAAGGUGCAGCAGAUUGUGUGGGAGGACCAGAUCAUCUGGGGCAUUGACUUUCAUGCUGCUGCUGAUAACGAUAACGAUCGAGAGAAAGAGGAGAGACAGGUGGAGGUUGAGAAUUCAGUAGGUGAAGUCACGGUGAUGCAAGCAGGUGGAAAGAAAGCUGGGAAUAGAGAGGCUAGUGGAGACAAGAAAGUAGCGAAAAGUGUCGUGAAAGCAAGUUUGCAGACGUACAAGGAGCUGCGCACAGCAAGAGCUAGUAAGGAAGCGGUAGCAAAUUCGUCGGAGGCGUUUCGCGGUGAUGAUUUUGAUAUGACCAAACCUCGAAACUAUCGGUGGGAGCUGCAAGACACUGUGAAAAAGAAGCUUGGUGCAAAUGUCGCUCGUGCAGCAAGUCAGGAGGACGGCAAGGCCGAUACCUUACCGUGUCCGCUAAACAAAGAGCUCCUGGAUGACUCGUGGAUUGCGGCAAUCGGGUGGAGGUCAACACAAGACAUGCCAGAGAGCAAGCUGGUGCUCGACGAUAACGAUGCGUCGCUUAUUUACUCUGUAUCUCAAAUGGAAGAUGUUCGUCCCACGCUGCGGAUUCCAGAACGAAAGCUGGGAGCUGCCGAACAAAGAUUGGCGCAGCUCGACAAGCAACGUAUCGAAAAGAAGCAACGUAUUGAUGAGGUGAUGGGCAAUCUCGAAUUUGGUGAAGAGACAGCCGAAGGUCGAUUGGGUACCGAGGGUAGUGGCAAGAAGUCAAAGGACACGCGUGUGGUGAAGAAUAUUGGCUACGUGCAUCACUCGCUGCCAGCCAUAAAGCUUUCGCUCACGAAGCCUGAACUGCCUAAGACGAAGUUGCGCGAUUUCCAUCGACCGCGUGGAAAGUUCAAAAUCAGUGAGCGACUAGACUUCUACCCACCGCCUUCGGGUGCCGCUAAGCUUGCGCCACAGGAGGAUAGCGCUAUGGUGACGCAGAUUAAGAAAAGCUCUGACUUGAGUCCGACUGCUGGUGGUAAGUUGAUUCUUAUCGAGUAUACAGAGCAGCGGCCGCCCAUGCUAUCCAAUCCAGGUAUGGCUUCUCGUAUACUUCACUAUUGGCGGCCACCAGAGGACACGUCCACGAGUUUGGGUAUUUUGGGAAAGAAAAAAGCCCGCAAAACACGCCCCAAACCACCGGAUAUGAAAAUGGGCCAGGUCAUAACGCUUGGGGAUCAUGAUGAGUCCCCGUUUGUCGGUGACAUCCCGCCAGGUCGAGUCGUGACGUCGCUCAAUUCGAAGCUGUACAAGGUGCCUAUAUUCCCCCAUAGACCGACGGUGCCAUUUGCUGCGAGUGCGGAAGCGCGCGAGCGUAACAACUCGGACAUAUUUCUGAUGUGUCGCUCGGUGACAAAAAGCAAGAAGGGCACUGCGGCUGAGAAGUCGGGUGGACUUGGAGUUUCGACAACUGUGUACAUCAUGGAAUUGCCGAUGGUCUUUGUAGCAGGACAAAUUGAACCUCAAAUUGAAGUCCCGGCGCCAAACUCUCGCAGUGCAAAUGAGUUUAUCCGCCCGUACAUGUCGUUCCACAUUCUUCGUCUGUUUAAGAAAGCAAGUGACGGCGAACGGCUGAAGAUUGAGGACAUUGCGCGUGCAUUUCCCAAUCAAUCAGGCACUGCGAUCCGCAAGCGGAUGAAGGAGGUAGCCACAUUUGAGCGUGGUGGCAACGACUCGGGCUGGUGGAAGAAAAAGCCAGUAUCGCAACUGCAAAGCGAAGAGGAAAUUCGCGCAAGCAUUCCGCCUGAAAGCGUGUGUCUGUACGAGAGCAUGAUGUCUGGUCAUAGACGGCUGCUCGACAUUGGCCUGACCAAGUUGUUCACACCGUCUGGUGUGAAUGGAGCCAUCAACCACAUGAUUCGACGUCUGGAACUGCGAAAGAAUGCAUUGUCGGCACGUCUCGUGCCUGCGAAUCUAGAAAGACGUGCAAAAGAGAAGGUUCAAGCAGAAUUGUGGAAGAAGGAUCCCGUUGUGCGCAAGCUCGAGACCGACAUUCAAGUUGCUCGCUACAUCAAUGAGCAAUUACAACUCACGCCGUGGAAUUUGACGAACAACUACGUGGAGUGUCACUUACAGGGUAAAGGUUCGGGUAUGUUGCAGCUUGGUGGAAUAGGUGAUCCCACCGGUCGCGGUGAAGGGUUUAGCUUUGUCCGUGUACCCCAGUCUCGCGCCAAGAAGAAAGAUGGCGAGGAAGAUGCAGCUCCUACGACUGAAAGCAAGAUCAGUGCAGAAACUGCAGCCGUACAAAAGGCCGUUGCAGCAGUGACUGGUACAACUGCCGAUCUGCGUAAACUAAAGAUGAAGGAAGCUGGUGAUGUGUUGCGCAAUUUGGGUCUGGCAGACGCAGAUAUCAAGAAGCUGCGCCGCUGGGACCGAAUCCAUAUGGUGCGUGAGCUAAGCAGCCGUGCUACAGCGCACGGUGUGGCAGGAAGUUUGAGUAAGUUUGCACGUGGCGCGCGCAAAUCGCUUUCUGCGCAGCAGCAAGAGUACCGAAAGAAGUGUGAUGUGAUUUAUGAGCGUCAGAUGGAUGUACUGAGCUCGGCGAAGACCACAUUUUCUUCAGACGAAGAGUCAGAUGGUGACGAUGAGCUUGACGAGUUGGGCGCUGAUGUUGAGGCAGAUAUCUUAGGCGGCACGGACACAAAACGCGGUCCGAAGAAUUUGUUCCGCAGUGGUGGUGGAGGUCUCAACCGCUCGAAGGAAGUGCUUGCCGAGCGGGAAGAUGCUGUGGAGCUACGUCGCCUCAUGGAAGAGAUGAACGAAGACCAAGGCUCCAGCUCAGGUGCCAAGGCUACGAGCGCGGUACGUCGGCCUGAUGUUGACACUAACCGACUACGCAAUCAACUACGCGCAAGUGGAAUCAGAGAGGGUGGAACCGGGGCCAGUGGCAUUUCGUCUGUAUCGGGCGUGGGAGCACGAUCAAACAUGAUGUCUCGUGCUGGAUCGGCAGUAUCGUCUGCUAUGGCAACCCCUACAGGUCAGUUGUCGCGAGUGUCUUCGCCCACUCAUGGAAGCCGCACACCGGCUGUGUCAGAGCCACCAAGCGCUUCCAAAAAGAUCCCUGGGCGAAAGGUACUAAAGCGUGUUGUCCGAGUUAUUGAGGAGGACGGUAGCGAGACCGUCCGAAUACAGUUCAUUGUAGAUGAGAAGCAGGUGGCUCGCUUCCGCGCGAUGCAGCAACGCAAGGAGCGCCAGCUAAAGACCGACGAGCGCAACCAGUUGCGGAAGCGCAAGCGUAUGCUAGCUUUAGAAGAUGACGCUACUAGUCAGAGUUUGCUGGACAAGGCCAAGCGACGUAAACAAUUGCAAGAAGAGUUGAAGCAAUUGCGAAAGACCGAGGCGCAGAACAAGGGAUACCAGGAGAUGUUGAAGAAGGGCGAAGCUGAUGAAGGUGUAGAAAAUGUCGAUGCUGAAGAUGCAAAUGGCAAGGGCGUGAUUCGGUGUACACAAUGUCUACAGGUCGGCCACAUGCGUACGAAUCGCAGUUGCCCAUUAUAUAUGGCCGAUGAAGCUCGUACAAAGAAGUCUGGCUCCAUACCAGGCAAACAAGCGAGUGCAGUACCUGCUGAACCACUGAAGCUGAAGAUAAAGAAGACGCCGCCAACGGUCAGUGGCAGUGACUCCGUCCCUAGGAUCACCGUUAAUCUGGCAGAGUUGCGUGAAGGUGCGCGCAAACACCACGCAGAAAAAAAGCGGAAGCGAGAAAUGGAAGUGCGCGAGCAGGCAGAGUUGUACAAGCGUCCGUACGCGAAGGGUGUCAUAAAGCUGAGUCGCUCACGUAUGCCUGUGGAGCACCUCAAUCAGGCUUUGGAGGUCGUUCUUCAGCAUUUGCUCGAUAUGCCAGAAAGCGAGCUCUUUCGCCUGCCAGUGGAUGCAGGUGCCGUUCACAACUACUACCAGAUCGUGAAGCAGCCGAUGGACUUGAGCGCCAUUCGCCGCAAGAUCGAGGCCAAAGAGUACGACUCGAUGCGCGAGUUCGUGAAGGACCUGGAGCUCAUUGUGAACAACUCGCGCAUUUUCAAUGGUGACCCGGCCAAGUCGGCUAUCACGACCAAUGCACAGAAGGUGCUUCGCCGUGCCCAGGAUGAGAUGGCCGUGCUCAGUGCAGAAGGCGGCAUGACUCCUACGACGCCAACUACUGCGACAACAGCCAUGCUGACGUAA